UUCUCAUACCGAUAUACCCCAUGUCCCUCCUCUGGCGCAGAGGCUCAUGGGAAACAACUUUUUGGCAGUGGUGACGAACUGGCCUCGUCUCGGCGUUUCUAUAGUAACUGUUUGCCCACAACCAACAUGGCGGAUGAAACGCACGCGUUUAAUAAAACCUUUAAAUUUAAUCUGCUUCCCAAUAUAAAGUCCGCGUUCCUGGAAGAUUCGCGGAUUUCGGAACUGUUGAUGAAAUGGUCCAUGUUGGGGAGAAUUUCUGUCCAGGCCUUUAACUUUGACCAGGUCUUUCAAUCUUACAUGAUGAAAGACUUUGUUUUGAAUUUCUUUCAGGACCCUUGUGUGAAAAACAACUUGCAUGUGUUGGACACUUCAGGUGUAUGGAAACCUCUGGGCAGAGAUGUUACACGUGUAGACGUGGAACAUGUUCCGUGCACUAAAGUGUCUGUGGACAUAUUUGACCCAAUUUUCUCCAGUGGCAUCGUGCAUCCAUCUGGUCACAUUACCAAAUGUUUUCAUGAAGUACAUCCUGACUUUGAUAAGUUGCGAAUGAUGCUGAUUGAAGAGGACUCUGAUAACUAUCAUGUGGUCAGUGCAUGUGACCGUCAGGAGUUCCUGUUUAGACUGUUUAAGCACAUUGUUCUGGGUGGUGAACUCUGCCAGUAUGAAGAUAUCAUUAGUCCUUACAUCGAAACUGCAAAAACAAUUUAUAAAAAUUUGGUGAGUGUUCAAAAAGAUUCAGAGACGAAGGUGAUCAGCAUCAUAUCAACAAUUUUGAAAGUCUCUGCCUAUGAUGAUUAUGGUUUGUGUUAUCCCUCUGAAAGAGACAGCGAGCAAACAUUCACCUAUCUGUGCAUUGAUCCUUUCAAACGGCAUGUGUAUGUCUUAUACCACAAUUAUGGCAUAGGUCUGUUCAAUAAAUUAUGAUAUAUAAAAUUAUAUAUAUAUAUAUAUAUAUAUAUAUAUAUAUAUAUAUAUAUAUAUAUAUGUGUGUGUGUGUGUGUGUGUGUGUGUGUGUGUGUGUGUGUGUGUGUGUAUGUUGUAUGUAUGUUUUUCCCUUUUAUUUUGCACCUUUAUUUUUUCUUUUUUAAUUAAUGUUUUCAUUAUAAAUCUUUGUCUGUCAAUAAAAAACAUACAAAGCAAAGUGCAGCUGAA